AAAAAUCCCAAAUCCCAAAAAAGAUCACGGACGAAACUCUGAAAUUUCCUAUUCCUUCUCUGAACCUGAGUCCGAUCUUGGGGUUGUCGACGGCAUUCGACUAUGGCUGAUUCACUGCGGAAAAGGGUCUUAUGUAAGUACUUUGUGCAUGGAGCUUGCUUUAAGGGGGAAUACUGUGAAUUCUCUCAUGAUUGGAAGGACCAAUCCAACAAUGCAUGCACCUUUUACCAGAAAGGGCUGUGUUCUUUUGGCAGUCGUUGUAGGUAUGAUCAUGUUAAAGUUUCUUGUGGCCAAGCGCAUGUGCCAUUGCCAUUAUCGAAUGCACGUCCUUGUAUUGGAACUGGGUCUAUUCAAGCAAUUCAUCCAUCCAACGUUUUGUUGAAUGGAGAGUGCCAACCAUCUACUAGUUCCCUUGCUGAGUUCUCAGUUUCAAGUAAACACAUUUUCCCGUUCAGUAAACCUGCUUGGGCCCAGUUCCCUGAUUUAAGUGUCAAUGAAGACUAUCCCAUUGGCCAUGAUCCUGCCGCUAAUAGCCUUGCAGACCAACCAAUCUGUUCAUUUGCUGCUGCUGGUAGUUGCUCUCAUGGUGAAAGGUGUCCUCACAUUCACGGAGAUCAGUGUUCCAUCUGCAAAAAACAUUGCUUGCAUCCAUAUCGACCUGAUGAAAGAGAAGAACAUAUGCAGUUAUGCCAAAAAAAUAAUCAGCAUCUUGAAGCUCUACGCUUCAGUCAGGACAUAGAAUGUAGUGUGUGCUUGGAUCGUGUGCUUUCAAAGCCAACACCUGCUGAACGGAAGUUUGGAAUACUUUCAGAAUGUGACCAUCCUUUCUGCAUUUCAUGUAUCCGGAAUUGGCGCAGCAAUUGUCCAUCAAUUGGAAUGGAUGUCAACAGUACAUUAAGAGCCUGCCCAAUGUGCCGAAAGCUUUCAUAUUUUGUCAUUCCUAGUGUCAUUUGGUACUCAACAUCUGAAGAGAAGCAAGAGAUUGUUAACAACUACAAAGCCAAGCUUAAGACCAUAGAUUGCAAGUACUUUGAUCUUGGAAAUGGGACUUGUCCUUUUGGUUCAAGCUGUUUUUACAAGCAUGCAUACAGAGAUGGCCGAUUAGAAGAAGUCGUAUUACGGCACCUGGAUGCUGAAGAUGGAAGUAUAGUGAUAGCAAAAAAUAUCAGGCUUUCGGACUUCCUCAAUAAUUUGCAUUUGUAAGGCGCUCAUCUGCCUCAAAAUUUAUGUGACUUAUACUAUUUCAAAAAAGUAAUGCUGGUUAUCCUAUCUGAAGUACCAUUUCAUGUGAUCCUUCUUCCGUCACAGUGGACCACUCAUGCUAUUCACUGACCAGGAAAUACUAGAUGGCUUGUUGGCAUGGAGAUGAUGAGAUGAAAGGAUCAAAGAACAUGCUUUGGGCACAGCUUGUAGUUGUUUCUUUUGUAUUUAAAGCUGGCAAAUAAUGAAGAUAGGAUGUGCAAUGGAAUCAUCAGUUAUAAUACAUAUUAUUGUGCUUAUAUGCUUUUGCCUGCUAUGAACAUACAAGCGUUUACCAGCAUUUUGUGCUGGCAAAACUGAUUUUUCUGCGUUAAAAUUGCUCACAUUUCUCUGCUAUGAGUGCUGCUAUUUCUGUAUGGAGAUCUCCUUACCUCUUUAUAACUGAAAUAAAAUCCCAAAAUUAUUUAGAUUCA